UUCUCACCUCCACUACCAGGGCUUUGGAUGGCUGCUGCCUUGGCACAGCUCUGUUAAGGUGAAAAUGGACUUGGAGGUCAUUGUGCCAAAAGACCUCAGUUCUGGAGAUCAUCAGCCCCUGGUUCAGAAAGCAGUUGAUAAAGCUGCAGUCGCAUCCGGUCAGCCCACCACAUCUUCAGCUGCGGGGAAGUCGAAGGAAACUAGAGGAAAUCCAAACCCAAAGGCAGACAAGAGGUCAAAUGUCUAUGUGAUACAAAUUUCAGACGACACAACUCCAAACGAGAGCAACGACGGUACAACCGGUCCAUUCUCAGACAGAUCCGUCCGCCAAGCUUUCAUUGCAAAAGUGUUUCUCAUCCUGUCAACUCAGUUGUUUCUCACUGCCGUAAUUAUUGGCGCAUUUGUUUUCUGGAAAGAUUUAAGAGUGUGGGUAGUUGCACAUCCCUGGUUCAUCCAUGCCCUCUUUCCAGCAUUUUUUGCUAUACUUAUUAUACUUGCUUGCUGUGGGGAUAUCCGCCGACAGGUGCCAGCAAAUUACAUUCUCCUGGGAUUGUUUACAAUUUUUGAAGGUCUGCUGCUGGGAGCUGUGUCAGCUUUCUAUAGCGCCGAGGAAGUGUUGUGGGCAACGGCAGCUACCUCUCUGGUCACAGUAGCGCUCACUAUAUUUGCUCUACAAACAAAAUGGGAUUUCACCUGGUUGAAUGGAGUGCUGUUUGUUUUCCUCUGUGUGCUCCUCAUCUACGGAAUUUUGGUGCUCUUCAUACAAGCUUAUUGGCUGCACCUGUUGUAUGCUGGCAUCGGAACCCUGCUGUUCUCCAUGUACCUGGUGAUGGACGUGCAGCUCUUGGUCGGGGUGCGCCACUAUGAGCUGGACCCGGAGGAGUAUGUUUUUGCUGCCCUGGAGAUCUACUUGGACAUCAUCAACCUUUUCCUUUUUAUCCUGCAACUGAUUCAACUGGGACGGUAGUUGUAUGGCCGGUGUUGGCUUAGCUCGGAAACAAGAAAGGGCCCUUGGGAACUGUUAUCUGGCUCAGACGGGGACUUCAGAAGCCCUUUGUUUUAGGAAAAAAUUAAGAACCCUUUUUCUUUCUUUACAAAAGAGACUAAGCAUUCAGUAGAUGAUAGCUAUUAUUGUUAUGCUUUGAUUCCAUUGUCAUACAUCAAAACUUGCUGAGACUAUUUCUAAUUUUUAUAAAAUCAAAAGAUGACUACCGUAAUUACAUAUUUACAAAUAUUUGCAUGAUGUCCAUUGCUUCAUUGACAUUUU